AUGAAUGAUAGCGACAACGAUGGCCAAUUGAAUGAAUGGGACACGGAUGACGACAAUGAUGGAAUUCCUGAUUCUGAGGAUGAGGACUCGAAUGGUGACGGCAUCAUCGAUUGCCAGCCCCAAGACAGUGACGGCGACGGCAUACCCGACCACUUGGACAAUGAUGAUGAUAAUGAUGGCAUUCCAGACCAUCUGGAUCCGGAUUCCCUCUCCUUCCUACUUUACAAAAAUAAGCGUAUGCUAGAAGUUAUUCCAGGUAGGUUCGUCGCCCUUUGCUGGUAG